AUGACCAUCGACAAAAUGGAUAUGGACAAAAUGGACAUAGACAUUGAGGAGGGCGAAAUCAUAGAGAGCGACCUGGAGGAAGACGAAAUCGUGGAAAGCGACCUUGAGGAGGGCGAAAUCGUGGAGACCACUAGCAAAAACGAUAGCGGGAGUAGAGGCGCCUUCCCCUAUUCCCAGCCUCCCGUGCCUGCCCUUUCUUGCGGCUCGCUCCUGCUCCAGAUCAAUCAGAUCCGACGCCAGAUGCGCCGUGUCCCUAAACAGAGACGGCGACGCAGACGUAGGGGCGCAUUCCACCACUACGGGCCCCGCCCCCCAAUUUCCCCCCUUUCUUGCCGCUCGCUCGCGCUUCAGAUCGAACAUAUCCGCCGCCAGCAGCACCGUACCCUUGAACGAAGGGACGACUCCCUUGGCACCAGAGGACCCCAGCCAUACACAGCGAAUCUAAAUGGGGUAAGUGAGAAGACGGACAUCGACAUGGCUAUUCCAGAGCUCAGCGACGAGCCUGCUAACACUGGUGAGAACUUUGACACUGCCCUGGAUGAAAUGAUCCAGACUGAGAGUGGUAAGACUGAUUUGCUACUGCUGACCCCCAGGGAUUCCGGACUCGUUCCUUCUUGCGACCCUUUCAUUCAGGAGCUGUUCAAGGGCGCGAAAGAGAUCUGCUUCAAGCCUAGGACUGUUCGCCCCCGUGCCUGGGACUACUCUGAUACCCCUGCAGACAGGAGCAGCUCUCCAUCGCCCACUAACACUCAUGCUGCAAGCCUCGAAAGGGGGCAGCUUGACUCGGAUGACACCUUGCCAGUCCAAGAGGUCUCGAUCUCUUGGAGACCUGGCUGGCAGUCAAUGCCUCUGCCCCAUCUGGAAGACGAGUAA